AUGACCUUCAACUCGGACAAUAAGCAGCAUGACUCUGUUUCGAAGAAGACAGAAAAGUCAUUCGAAAUCGCAGUGAUAGGAGGCGGUAUUGUAGGUUUGAUGGUAGCGAUAGGACUCUUGAAACGUGGAAUCAACGUGUCCGUCUUUGAGCAAGCUGCUGAGCUUACUGAGGUCAGUGCCGGAUUUGCAUUUACUGGCGUCGCCCGUGAGUGUAUGAAGCGCCUAGAUCCUCGCUUGUUGGAAGCCCUAGACCGCAUCGGAGAGGUCAACCGCCAUCCCUAUAAUCGUUACUGGGAUGGUUAUAACCCUUCAACGCAGGAAGAAGCAGAGUCCAACGACUCUCUCCUUUUCGAAGUAUCUGCAAGAGACCUGGAUUACCAAGGAUGCCUCAGAUCUCAUUUGUUACAUGAGAUGGCCAGCAUGCUGCCUGCCAGAACGAUCAAACUGGGGAAACAACUGAAAGAAUUGCAAGACAACACCGGCAGCGACAAAGUCACUGUCACAUUUUCCGAUCAGAGCACCUACGAGGUCGAUGGUGUGAUUGGGUGCGACGGAGUCCGCUCACGAACCCGGCAACUGUUGGCGGGUCUCAACAGCUUGUCCUCGCAAGCGCACUUUGCACAUAAGGUUGCGUAUAGAGCUGUUGUACCUAUUGCAGAUGCUGUAGCCGCCUUUGGUAACGACAAAGGAAUGAAUCAAUCCACGCAUAUGGGGCCUGGCGUGGCUAUCGUUUCAUAUCCCAUAGCUCAGUGGACUUACUUUAACAUUGCAGUAUUUGUCCACGAAGCGGAAGAAUGGAAAAGCGAAAAGAUGACAGCACCAGCGACAAGAAACGAGUUAAUCCGUCAUCUUUCUGAUUGGAGCCCAUCAAUUCAAAGUAUUGUUCAAGCGAUGCCGGAAAAGCUUACAAAAUGGGCUCUAUUCGACACGGCUGACUAUCCUGUCUCUACAUACGCGAAAGGUCGUGUUUGCAUUGCCGGAGACGCUGCCCACGCCACUACACCGUUCCUUGGAGCUGGUGCCUGUAUGGGUGUAGAAGACGCCCUCGUCCUGGCCACCACAUUAGAUCUAGCCUUGGACCACAUCAACGAAGAGGGCGCACAGACUAGCAUAAAAGCUAUUUCGGCUGCCUUCCAGGCCUACAGUACUGUACGUCUCGUGAGAUCCCAGUGGCUUGUGCAAGGGUCUCGUGACAUUGGGGACCUUUAUCAGUGGAGAAAUCCCAAGACUGGUCGGAAUUCUCAUAAAUGCAAGGACGAGCUUGUUGAACACCAGAGAAGGAUAUGGGACUUUAAUGUUAAUGACAUGGUUACAGAGGCAGGACUUAGCUUCCUCUCAUUGUGUACUUAG